UCAUUAUCCUACAGCUCUUUCUUUUUUCUCUCUUUCUGAUUUUCAGAUACAAACUAUAACCCUUCAUCAUCACAGACGUGUUGGGAAUUUUCUGUCAUUGUUCCAUCUUCUUCAUCAUGACCAAGUCCUCUACUGAAAAAAAUGGACUCAAGAAGGGUCCAUGGACCCCAGAGGAAGAUCAGAAACUCAUCGACUACAUUCAAAAACAUGGACAUGGAAAAUGGCGAACCCUUCCCAAAAAUGCAGGACUACGAAGAUGUGGAAAGAGUUGUCGGCUUCGCUGGGCGAACUACUUGAGACCUGAUAUAAAGAGAGGGAGAUUCUCAUUCGAAGAAGAAGAAGCCAUCAUCCAGUUACACAGUGUUUUGGGAAACAAGUGGUCUACAAUUGCUGCUAACUUGCCAGGAAGAACAGAUAAUGAGAUCAAGAAUUAUUGGAACACCCACAUCAAGAAAAAGCUUUUCAAGAUGGGGAUUGAUCCUGUGACUCACGCACCACGCCUUGAUGUUCUACAACUUGCCUCCAUUCUCAACACAUCUUUGUUCAAUUCAUCACCACAAUUCAACUACCCUUUUCUUUCAGGAAGAUCAGUGAUAAACUCCAGCCAGCUGCUAAGUUUGCUUUCCACUCUUCUCUCAUGUCAAAGCAGAAACAACCCUGAUAAUGUAUUGAAUCAUAAUAAUUUCCACCAAAACGAUAACCAACUCUUGCAAAAUCAGCCCCAAUGUACCCAAAUGCAACUUGCUGAUACCUUACAAACCUUCCAACCAAACCAACCCCAGGUUUCACUUCAAGAAAACCUUAUUGCUAAGUCUAAUAAUCCAUUGAACGUGGAUCACCAACUGAUGAAAAGUAAAUCAGAGAAUCAAAUCUCUCCAGUUGCUACCUCUUUCACCCACCAAAACACCCUUCCAAAUCUGUGGCAUUAUGACAACAUAUCAGACUUACAAAUUGCCCAAUCAUCAUCAGCUAUGCAGUGUUUCUCUUCACCCAAGUUCAACUCUAUAUUCAACAGUCUCUUGGAAAAUCAGAAUCUGUGUAACAACGAGGGAAUGCCAAAUUUCAAUUUAAGUUCACUGUUAUCGUCAACAACUUCAUCUUCCAGCCCAAGUACUUUGAAUUCAUCAUCUUCCACCACAUUUGUCAACGGAACCACAGAAGAUGAAAGGGACACUUACGGCAGCAGCAACAUGCUAAUGUACAACAUUUCCAAUGGCUUGAAUGACUCUGGACUUUUGUGAUUAACUCCGUUAAUGCAAGUUCAGCUGUGUCAUUUGUUUUAGUACCUCAAAAUUUCUUUAUUUCGGUUCAGACUGUUUUGAGACUUUGUUAUUACAAUCAUAUAUGUAUGAACUAUUUAUUACUAUAUAUUUGCCAUCUUC